AUGAAGAUUACAAAGUCGCCCAAGCGUCUGGUGCCAGCUGCCCCAGAGGUGCUGGCAUUGCAAGAUCGCAUUCUCAAGUCUUCCGACGACGAGCUGCCGGAGGCACUCGACAACAUCUCGGAAUGGUGCUGGCCUCGAGGCGAUCUCUACUACUGGACUGGCGUGCUCAAUCGCUUUGAUACCAUUCUAGAAGUCGUCUGCCGUGACUACGAACUCUCUUCGAUUCAGGUCAACCACUUUACGCCGCUCACCAAGCGUCUCGUCUUCAGCAUCUUGCGCUUCUCUCGUCUUCUCAUCGAGAACUGCACCAACCGCAAGCUCUACAAUUCCUUCGAGCAUCUCAACGAGCUUUUGUACACACGCGAUCUUGACAUUCUCGAAGCUGCUCUUCGUCUCGUCCUCAGGGCCGCGCAGCAGCACAGCAGCCAUCAUCCUCGACACGACUUCCAGAUCUCUAAGGAUCGCCUUACCACUCUGGCUAUGAUCUGGACGCCUCGAGACCAUGGCCUUUCCCUUGUCGACAUUGCUCAGCCCGAUACUGCGUUGCCUUCAGAGCUCUCGCAUGUUCGCUUCCAGUUCUUCAAACGCAGUGGAACCGCUUCCCAGGGUGCUUCCACCUUUUCGCAGCCCUUUGCAUCAUCAACAUCAUCAUCAACACAGGCCAGAAAUUUUGCCUCCCCACAUCAGCCCCGCCAUCAUCAGCAGCAGCAUCAUGAUCAGUCGACAUCGACACCUACACGCUCGCGGCACAGGGACAACCGUCCUGCGAUGCUUCCUGCACUGUCUACCGGUGCGCUGCCUGCGACCCCAACUCGCGCAGAUGACAGGAACGAUGGUGGCAACAGCGCAACCCAGUCGGGCUCAGCCUCCGCGUCGGCACGUCGUGAAGGUCUAAUGACUGUCGAUCUUGGCAAAAUUAGUACUGCAAGUGGCGAUCCUGCUGAUUUGCUUGCCAAGGCGGUCGAGACCUACGAGAUCCCUCCCGAAGAGCGCUUCGAACUCUUCCAGCGCAUACGUCUCGCUCUCGGCUUCCCUAAUCAGCACGAACGCAAGCAGCUUCUCAUUUGCCGUCUCCUCGCCAUCGCAUGUUACGGCCUUGUCAUCAACGAGUCCGUUGCCAACACACAGCUCUUUCUGUAUGAGCCCGACCUAGUGCAGCGCAUAGCUUCUCUUGUUGACCCAGUCCAGAAGCUCGACAUGAGCGUCCAGAGCAGCGCCUUCUAUGCCCUUGACAGUCUUGGACGCUACCGCAACAAGGUCAGCGUGGUGCUCAACUCUGUCAAUGCUUCAGUCAACCACGGCAUCAUCCUGAGUGUCCUGCGAAACCUCAUCCAAGAUCUGCGCACCGACCAGCCCAACUCGAGCGAUCACUACGUCGACUCUGUCCUCAGCUUUGUCGCUUUCAUCGCCUCCACAUCCGUUGGCAGCCACAUGAUCGUUGGAGCAGGUCUGAUUCCCCUCCUCAUCGAGCUCGUCAACGUCCCCACGCCAGAUUGUUAUAUGGUGCAGCGCACCAUCUCGCGUGCUACUGGCCUCAUCGACAGCCUCACUUAUGCUGUACCGCAGGCUUUCGAUCUCUUCUGCAACGCCAGAGGUCUGGAUGUUAUGGUCGAGCGCAUCGAGGCCGAGGUCGAACGUGACAUCGACGAUGGCUCGGCGGAUCGCAUGAGCGUCCGUGUGUUUGGCGAGCCGGGUCCUGACAACAUCUAUGGCCGCCUCGCUUUCGGUCGCGCUUCUCUGCUUCGCGCCAUGUUCAAGUCCAUCACUCAGAUGAUGUCUUCCACAGGCACAGGCGAUGGUCUUCGCAAUCUCAUCAACACGUCGCUUCCAACUUCACUCAAGCGCAUCAUCGAGCACCGUUCCAUCUUCGGUCCCCAGGUCUUUGCAUUGGCCAUCAACAUCAUGGCUACUUUCAUCCACAACGAGCCCACUUCGCUCGCCAUCCUCCAGGAAGCCAAGAUCCCGGAAGCCUUCUUUGACGCUAUCGAGGCCGAUAUCGAGGCGCACUGGGACGUCAUCUACUCGAUUCCCAACGCUGUCGGAGCCAUCUGUCUCAACCAGGCAGGUCUUGAUCUUUUCAACGCACGUCCCAUCAUCCCCAAGCUUUUCUCGCUCUUCACCUCGGAGCGUCACAGCAAGGUCUUCCAGGACCGUGACAAUGCCAAUGCUUUCGGUGCUGCCAUUGACGAGCUCAUGCGUCACCAGCCCAGUGUCAAGACGAUCGUCAUGGACUCGAUCAUGCGUUCACUAGAGGAGAUCAAGGAGAUGGGUCGCAACUUUGAACUUCCGCAGGAUCUCAAGGCACGUGCUGCUUACGGUCUGCUUCCUGUCGGCGAUGCUGCAGCGGAUGAAGCAGCCGCCGCCGCCUCCACUGGUACAACCAACGGUCGUUCUGUUGCAUUGGCUGAUGUCGUCACCGACGAGCCCGACCCGAUCCGGAAAGAGGACAGCACCAAACUCGAAUCGAAUCCGGUCAUCACGUCUAUCGAUGUGAUCGCCCGCUUCCUAGAGGGUCUCUUCCAAACCGUUUCGCAUUGCAAGGACUUCAUCAAGCUCGACGGUCUCGAUAAGCUGCUCGGCUUCUACUCGUUACCUUGUUUGCCAUACGACUUCCCUCAGUCGCUUCUUGCCGACCCCCUCGUCACUUUGAUCCGCUUCAUGGCCGAGAUCAGUCCCAGCACUGUCCUCAUCGCAAUGCUCCGCGAUGUCAAGAAUGCUUCGGAGGAAGUCGCAGAGCUCUUCGGUGUAUCUGACAAGUCGUUCGCUUCGAUGACAUACCACAAUGCCACCUCACGUCUUCUCUGGAUGGCCACACCAAGGGAUGAUGCUGAAGCAGAGCGUGCCAACCUGGCCUUCCGCAAGCUUGCCGGUCUGUGCUCGCGCAGUCAUCUAUUCACUGAUGUCUGCUCGAUCAGCUACGUGGGUCACAAACUUCCCUCGAUCUUCCUGCAGACGCUUGUCUCAAGCGCCUCGUCCGGCACGAUGAGCAUCGCAGAGCUCGGUGCCAUUCACCGUGCCUGUGCUUGGGAGAACAUGUUGCUCAAGACCUCGCUACCUCCACCGAUACCACCGUCAGCGUCGACAGCCACAGCCAAUGAGAGCAAAGACGGUGAGGCUUCGCAGGCUGAAUCGCAAGGCUCUGAGGGACAGCCAUCCUCAUCGAAUGCUGCUGGUCAGACCAGCGCGACCUCCUUCUCCUCAGCCAUAAAUGGCGCGUCAGGUACGUCUGCGCCAGCGACUCAGGUGCAACGUCCUUCUCAGCAUGGUGUGCCUGACGAUCUGUUGCAGGACCUCGCUGGUACGGUGGAGCAGACACGCACUGCAGUCUCUCCGCAGACGCAAGAGCAAGACCCAAGGCAGCGAAAUGCGGCUGCUCUUCGAUACGUCGCAUCGCAGAUCCCCUCUUCGCUGACCUCGCUCUUUGAAGAGACGGUUCGAUACCUUGCGCCGCGUCGCAGUGUCGACACAGCCCACAAAGCUGCAGCCCACACCGUCUCAGUCGAGAUCGCCAAGUCCCUCAAGGAGCAUCUCACAUGGCGUGAAUCGAGCAACGGCAUCAACAGCUUCGCCUUUGCCACGCUCAUGAUCUGCCAGACAAGCUGUCUCCUCUUUGAUGAGCGUCCAAGCUCGCCAGUAGUUUAUUCGGCCAUCUUGCGUGCCUUCGACAAGCAAGGCGGUCUCGAAGCGCUCUUCGAUCUCUUCCGUCGCUAUGUGGCAGAGAUCGAUCGCUUCUACAAUGGACACGGCAACCGCGUCGAUCCUUCGGCAGCUGACUUUGACGAAGCCGGGAUCAAGCUCGGUCACACAUGUGGUGGUCUCAAGGUCACUUUGGGCUUGCUACUCAAGCUCGUACAUUGCAAAGGACUCAUCGACUCUGCACAGACGACACAGCUCGUGCGCGAAGGCGGCAAGGAUGUCUUCGAACCACACGCCUACCUGAUCAAUAUUCGCUCUCAAGUGCUCUCGCUAUUGCUCUUUGUCUGGGACAAGCCCUGGCUUCCGUCCUUGCCGGCUUCGGUCAACCGUCUGAUGCUGCAGAACCUCCUCACCAUUCUGAAAGCUCAGAACGAGAAUGUGCCUACCGCCAAGAAGAGCACGCCACCAGGCUCCUCAUCCACAGCUGCCACGCUCGAGUCAGGUCUGCAAGGGCUCAUGAAUAUGCGCAACCCCUUUGCCUUUGGAAGUGCUCCGCGUGUCGUUCCUGCGCCAGUUCGAAGAGCACCAAAUGAGGAUCGUGUUCGCACCAUGGUUGACAUGGGCUUCCCUGAGAAUGCAGCACGCCACGCCUUAUCUCGUUGUCAGAACAACCUCAACGCUGCAACCGAAUACCUACUCAUGCAUGACGAUCUCGUUGUUCAGUACCGAGACAACCCAAACCGUUCUUGGAACGACGAAGGCGCCACUGGCCCGGCUAGAGGGCAAACUGGAGCUCCUGCGGCUGCUGAGUCGACAGCAACAGGCCCCGAUGCCACUGCCACUGAUGAAGCAGCCGCUACUCCAGCGGCCGGGACUGCAGCUACAGACGGCGAUGCCGACGAUUGGGAGGACCAAAUGACAGACGCUCCAACGCCAGCAGCGAAUGCAGCAGCAGCUUCCACAGAUGCAUCUGGCGACGUGCAGGAUGCAGCCAUGACUGAUGCUGCUGACAGGUCGAACGCUACUGACUCCACAAGCCGCACCGAGAAGGACGACACCAUGGACUCCGACAAAGUUGCAAAGAUGAAGGUAGAGUUGGAGCAACAGCGUAGCCUACUUCGAUCCUCACUUGUCGAGCGUGGUCUCGAGCUUGCUGAUCAUCAUCCGGCUCUAGUCUUCGAGGUCAAGUCCGCCAUUUUGCUCGAGGCUUCUGACCGCGUCAAGACCAUGAAGUACGUUGAGACGCUCGCCAAGCUCAUCGAAUCGGAAGCAUCUGGUGCUUUUGGCCUCAAGGCCGAAUUUGUGGCAUUGCGAAUGCAGCUGCUCGCUCUUGUCUUGCACGACGAGCAGAUCUUCAAGCAGCUCGACCGUGACAUGGCUACCACUGUGCUUCGAGCUUUGGAAGGCCUCGUUCAGCUUUAUGGAAACCGUUCGCAUUCCAACACUGGCACAGAUAGCUCCUCCGCGACUCAAUCAGCUGAUUUGUCUCAGAACACACCGGCUUCUGUUCAGCAAAAGCCUUCUACAGCAACGCCAAAGUGGCUUGCAUCACUCAUUCUUGCCUUGGUCGGCAUCCUCGGCUUCUCGGAGGACAUCGUCGAAGUCAAGACUGACGAUGCCUUCUUGGAUGUUUCUGUGGAAGCUGAGUCCAAGGCUGCAAGCGGAAGUGGCGAGUCCAGCUCAAAGCCGCAAGAGGCUGCUGCCGACGGUCCGUCAUCUGCUAGCUCCUCCCCGGAAGAGCCAACUCUGCCGCGCGUGCGUGUCGGAUCGGUGCCCAUCUCGGAUGCCCUCUUUCAUUUCACUGUGCAAAUCUUCCGCGAGGCCACGACGCUCGAGCGCAACGAUCUCCUGGCUGCUUUCCGCCUCUUGACAGUCCUGACCCGGAACCACUCGUAUGCAGCGCGCUUUGCACGCGAGGGUGGAGUCCGCUUGAUCUUUGAGCCCUUUAGGGUGCUAGAGCCCAAGCAAGUGUCCGGUUGCCAGCCCUUCGUCGCGAUCGUCCUACGUCACAUCGUCGAAGACGCCCAGACGUUAGCUACGGUGAUGGCGCAAGAGAUUCACAGUCUUGUCGCCCAAUCGCGCAACAAGACAAGCGACACUUCCACUCUCGUUCGUCAGCUCGACUGCGCGGUACUGCGUGAUCCCAACGUCUUCCUAGAAUCGGCUGUUGCCAAGGUGGAGAUGACCGAGUACUCGCCGACCAAAGGCAGUGGCCACAUCAAGCUGCUCCAGGAACCUAGUGCUACCGAAAGCGGUCCUAAAGAGUCGCCAUCCGACCUCGCUGGCAACGGACAAACCAGCUUGGCAAGUCUUCGUCUCGGUGACGAGCCAAUGAAAGGUGCAGCUGAUGGUGGUAAUGCAAAGACCGCCGAUGAGCUGGCCUCCUUCUUCAAGUCCACGCCUCAAGCUACGCCCACAAACGUGCCCUCCGAGGAGGUGGAUGGCUUGAUGGGCUUUUUGCUGACAGAGCUGCUCAAGACCACAAGCAGAAAGACUCAGUCUUCGUGUACCGCUUCGAAUGACAUCAAGGAUAUGUCCGAGACUUCGGCCAACGGCCCCACCGCCAAUGCUUCUGACGCUACUUCGGCCUCUGCUGAGCCCUCUGUUUCCUCUACGACAUCUGCAGUCCCUGAGAAGGAGAAGGAGAAGACCGAGGAGCAGAAGCAAGACGACAUCGCCUUCUUCUAUUCUUCCUUCCUCAUGCAGUGUCUUACUGAGCUGCUGUCGUCGUACUCGACCUGCAAGACCUCUUUCACCAACUUCAGUAAGAAGCGCCUCUUCGCCGCAGCUGCAGGUACCAUCGCUACACAUGUCGCCACUCCUGCUGCUGGCCCUUCGAGCUCUGCCACAUUUGCACCAGGAACACCUGGCGCCAAAGAGACUGGUCGAUCACGAGCAGGCAUCCUCGGCACGUUCUUGACCGACCUUGUACCAGCAGGCUUCCUCAGCUCAUACGGCAACGCCGAACUGCGCAGAAAGAUGACACUGUCGAACUGGGCUAUGUCGGUGCUCGUUGCGCUCACAGCCGACGUGACCGUGCACAUCGACGUCAAGGAGGUGCCCGCUGAUCUUAUUGCUGUGCGCAAGACUGUACUGGAUGCAAUCGCUCGAGCCAUCAAGGAAGCCGCUUCAUGCUCUGAGCCCAUCGAAGUCAGGUAUGGCCGUCUCUACGCUCUCAGCGACCUAUGCUACCGACUGCUCAUUGCUCGCCCCAACAGUACCGGUGGCAAGCAGACCGAAGAUCUCACCCUUCAUAUGGCCAAGACCAUGCUGGAGAAGAACUACGUCACCGUACUCACCAGCGCCAUCGCCGAUGUCGACCUCAACCUGCCCACUGUCAAGUCGUUGCUUGAAGCCAUCUUGCGACCACUCGAGCAUUUGACAAAAAUCGCGAUCAAGAUGGGUAAGGCAAAGGACAAGAACGGCAACCGUGCUGUCGUCGACGAGUCUGAAGAAGAGACCGACUUCUCUUCGGACUACGACAUGGAGGACGAGUUCGAUGACGAGGAUGAGGACGAUGAAGACAUAGAGCGCGAGGACACGCCAGACUUCUACCGCAACUCGUCACUUGGCAUGCACACCGGUGAGAUGGAGACCGGCUACGACGACGAUGAGAUGUCGGAUGAGAACAUGGAUGACGACGAGGACAUGGAUAUGGAGGACUUCGAUACCGAGACCGGUAGUGAGCUGUCCAGUGACGAAGAGCUGGAAGGCGAGGACGGCGACAAUCCGCGCGUUAUCGAGAUCACUGAUUCCGACACUGACAUGGAUGACUCGAGUGAUGAGGACUCUGACUCUGAUGAUGACGGUCACACCCACUCUCAUGGUCACGGCAGUCACGGCGACGACAUCAGCAUCGACGGUGAGGACGACGGAUGGACGGAUGAGGAUGACGAGGACGAGGAUGGUGACGAUCUGGAAGGCGAAGACGGAGAGCCACUCGACUUCGAGGAAGCGCUUGACUUUGUUUUUGAAGAUGGUGAGGAAGGCAUGCCUCCCAUCCCAGAAGAGUACGAGCCAGAAGACGAGUCGGCUGCUUUUGACGGCGCCGACCCGCUCAUGGAUGACGAGGAAGAGAUCGAGAUGCUCGAGGAAGAUUCGAUGGACGGUGGCAUGGACGGAGACGAGCUAUCUCAACUCGAGCUCGCUGAAGAAUAUGCUGCUCCUGUCGAUGACCGUUUCGGAGCCAACUGGGGCUGGACCGCUGUUCCUGACCCUCGUACUGCAAGCUCUGGCGCGUCCGGCGACCGACCUCGCAGCGCUGGCGUGUUCCCGCCCAACUUUUUCCUUCCUAACGCCAUCGCCAACAUGGCUGGUGGCACGGGCGGUCAUCGUCGACGCGGAUUGCUUGACUUUGACUCGAUGAUGGGUCCUCGUCGUGCAGCACCUCCUUCCGACGAGAUCUCCACCCAUCCCUUGCUUGUCGACCAGUCAGAUGCUGAUGCUAGCCGUCACGCUGGGCGUGCCACACGCCGUGCUUCCGGCGGCGGACAGUUGCCUUCAGGCUAUGCCGAUUGGGCACAGUCAGUGGAAGACUUUGUCGGAGAAGGCGCUCUGCAGUUCCUGGAGAACCUUCUCAGCCGAGGUGGCGCCAACCAGGGUAUUCGCAUCGAGGUCGGUGACGGCGGACGAAUGCGCAUCGAUGGCGUCAACGUUGGCGGCCAUCUUGGACGAGCUCGUCACCAUCACCACCAUCAUCACAGCCACACGCACCAAGGUCAGGCCAUGCUCGGCGGUGAGGGCCAACGAGCCCCCAGCAGCCGACAAGCUGCCGCGAUGAGCGAUCCUGUUGUCCUUGCACAGUCGUUCACUCCUAUGCCUACCAUCACUCGUUGGUCCGAAGAGGCGCUUAUUCUACUCCCAUCUUCGCCUGUCUCGAGCGAGCGAACCUCGAAGAUGCGCGCCCACCUCAUCAAUGCAUUGCUGCCAGGCUUCAAGAAGAGCCGUCUCGAGACUCGUCGAAAGCUCGAGGAAGACCGCAAGAAGCUCGAAGAGGCCAAGCAGACCCGAGAGCAGGCCGAGACCGAGCUCAAGCGUCUGCGCGAAAGCAAGGAGCGCACGGAAAAGGAGCUGGAAGAGGCACGCGAGAGGCUACGUGAAGGACUUGCCGCAGCCAGGGCAACGGUUGCCGCCGAUUGUUCUCCAGACUUGACGCCAGCUGCCGAAACAUCAACUUCGGAUGCUGCAGCCGACCAGCAGCAAACGAACGCCUCCGCAACUACCUCAUCGGCUUCUGAAACUAUCGCACCUGCUGCAGCCCUUGAAAAUGCUGCACCAGCCACCGAUGACGUCGAGAUGACCGACGCUGAACCUGCCCCCGCUCCGUCAGCCGCGAGUGUUGCUGGAGGCGCAGAGGCAAGCUCGUCCUCGGCACAGCCUGCGGAACCGCCUGCUGGCGCUAGCAGCGGACAAGCGGAUGCUCCAGCUGCAGAGCGUGCCACGAUCACCAUCAACGGCGAGGAGAUCGACAUCACCGACACCGGCAUCGAUCCGACCUUCCUAGAGGCGCUUCCCGACGAUCUGCGAGAAGAGGUGCUCAACCAGCACUUCCGAGAGCGUCGAGCCACCGAAGCCACCAGCAACCUUCCUCAGCCUACGAGCAUCGCGCCCGAGUUCCUCGACGCUUUGCCACCUGAGCUUCGCGCCGAAGUGAUCCACCAGGAGGCCAUCGAGACCUCUCGCCGUAGGAUUCGCGAGCAGAUGGCAGCUCAAGGCAACGAGCGAUCUGGCCAAGGUGCAGGCCGACCCACGACGGAGGAUGCAUCUUCCACAUCUUCAUCGCGACCCGCUGGACAGAGCUCAGGCUCUGCUGGCCAGAGUGGAGACACUCGAGGAUUCUCCUUCGGCGAUGAUGCUAUCGAAGAGAUGCUCAGAGAUGACGAGCAGCUCCUCGACAUCUUGCCAAUGGGAGGCAGCUUGGGAGGUGAAAAUGCCGAUGGCAGACCACGACAGCAUCGUCGCUUCGACGAGGAGGACGACAGCCAAGAUGUGUCGAACGGCACAGUUCGUGCAUUGCCAGCUUCGGCGGCCGCUCGCCGUCUUGGUGACUUGCCCAUUCGUGUGCUCGAUGUGACAGGUGGGCCACGACUCGGCGCACCGAACGGCGGUAUCGACGCUGCUAACACGGAUGCGUCAAAGAAGCCUGGUCCUCGUGAUGCGAUCCAGCUACUCGACAAGUCUGGUGUGGCCACGCUGGUGCGUUUGCUGUUCUUCCCACAGAUGAACGCCAAGCAGACAGCUCUACACAAGGUGCUCGCCAACUUGUCCGAGAACGCCAAGACGCGAUCGGAGUUGCUCAACCUUUUGCUGAUGGUUCUGUCGGAAGGAUCGGUGGAUGCACAUGCAGUGGACCGCUCGUUCGUUUCGAUGAGCAAUCGCGCCAACCGCAUGCACGCAACUCCCUCGAGACCAACUCCCAAGCGAGCCAACUCGGGUCCUGCCAGCGCUUUCCAUGGCCACGCCUCCACUCCUGGCGGUCAGAGCUCGACUGCGCCGCUGUCGAAGACCGGUGACGAGGCUCCAUUCUUGAUCGCCUCGCGCAGCAUCGACACGCUUCUUCACUUGACGGCUGUCAACACACAAGCAGCGCUCUACUUCUUGCGAGACGACUUGCGCCCGCCUAAGCGAUCCAAAGGCAAGGAGAAAGAGAAGGAGAAGGAUGCUACGGAGCGUGGUGCAGCACCGCUCAAUGUGUUGUUAGGUCUGUUGUCUAAGGAGACAAUUUUGGCUAACAGUCAGCUGGUCGACUCGCUCCUGGCACUGUUGAGCACGGUGACCAAGCCUUUGCUGGCGGUAUCCCCCAAGCCUGAGGACGCCAAGCAAUCCAGCAACGCGACGGAGCAGACGAACAGCGAGGCAGCCACGAGCACCGAAAUGGUUCGAAGCGACGGUGCCGGUCCCGCGAUUGUUGGUGCUGGAGCAAACACUAGCAACGAAGCUGCGCCGGCGAGAGCUGUAGCAGGUAUCAGUGCUGCCCCUGGCAACAACGAGGUGCUAUCCACAACGAAGGCCACAGAAGCGGCAAGCGCCGCAGCCGCAGCUGACGGGUCUUUGUCUGCUACGCCUCUAGUACCUGCUGAUCGACUUUGCAACAUUGUCAAGCCUCUGGCGACUGCAGUGUCAAGCAAAGGCUUCCAGCACACAUUGGCGGUGGCUUCACACUUGUCGAUGAUAGAUGGAGCUCGAGACACGAUCUGCGGAGCGUUGCAGACACAAGCGAAUGAAGCGUCGAAGGCGUUGGUGACGGACCUGGAUGCUUUGCUCUCGACACUUCCAGAGCCUGUUGAGGAGGACGAGGAGGAGGAAGCGGAGAAGAAGACAGCCUCUGGAGCUGAGAACGGUGGAAGCAGCUUGACAGAGACACCCUCGGUUGCUGCAGCCGCAACAGCAGCAGCGGCAGCAGCCUCAGCUGGUGUGACACAAUCGGGCAUCGUGAUUAGCGGACCUACAGUGACGGAUCGUCUGUCGGCGAUGAGCGGAGCGCAGCGAAUUGAGUCGAAGGCGUUGGCGACGUUGGCAAGCCCAGCAAAUGCCCAAGCGGUGCUGCUGCGAAGUCUUCGUGCUCUCGACUAUAUCAUGACUGGACGUUGA